GCCCGCUGUGCCCCGAGCCGUAAACAAAGCGGAUCGAUAAACUAUCGGCCCCCGCUCGGGUCGGACCAUGCGGCCGCUCGGGUUUCGGGUUGUGCACCCAUGCUCGAAGCACGCGACACGGGUACGGCCAGCGCGAAACUCCGUCGCACGCACAAGUUUGUGUCGAACUGUGGUCGUGUAUGGAUCGUCGCGUGCUGCCGCGGAUCAGAUCACACGCAGAGUGUACCAGAGCAGAGCUAACAAAACGUUAUUGAACGCGUGGCUUCGUACGCUGGUUCUGGCGCAUAAGUGAAGGGCGAACCAAGAACCGGAGAAGCAAGAAUACGGCGUACAAUAACAGCAAAGAGGAUCAGUUUGCAUCGAGACCGGUCCGCGGACCGUUUUCUUCCAUCCGACCAGCGGCAGUGGACAGCGAGGUAGGGAAAGAAAUGUUCCCAGAGCUGGAUUGGAUGGAAGGGAUGGCGAUGGGCAACCGGGGAACGGAGCAAAGCGGCUGCAGGCCCCGUGACGUAAAACCUCGCAACGGAACCGAGUUGGAAAUGUUGAAAUAAAGAUAACCAAAUCACAAACAGUUCGAAAGUCGAAGGAAGGAAGCAAUAGCAGCAGCAGCGGCAGCAGUGAACUUUCUUCAGUUCGAUCCGUCAACCGUUGUGUGGUGCAGUUGGCGCGUACAGAAACGUUUCACCCGGACGAAAGGCAAGCGCUAAAGUUUACACUAAUAUUUUGCCUGCACCGAGCGCAAACACACGUACACGAGCGACCGUUUAACUGUGCUGGCUGGGGGUCGGUUUGUUUGAACGAGAGGAGGCGUGCAAAAAGAAAAAUCGACGAAACAUUUGAAGGAAAAAGCUGUAAAGCUUGUCUUGAGGUGACUUUUGCCCACAUCUAGAGCCGCCUGCCGAGAGCCCAAACCGUCCCGGACAGACGGAUUUUCGGUUCGUACCCUCCCUCCGUCCCCUCCCCAAAAGCACACUCUGUCCAAACAUCACACCCAAGCGUCGCAAUUGCCGGCACGUCUAACGGUUUGCGCGGUAUAGCAUUACAACCGACAGCCGGUCCUGGGAAAGGAACUACCGGUUCCACCGUACCGAACGCUCCCGCACAGAAUGUCGUCCAGAUCAAAGGAGAAAGUAACGGCCGCCAUUAGGAAGUUCUUCAAAAGCUCGGAAAGCAAGAGCAAGGAAAGCAAAGACAAGGAUGGCAACGGCACCCACACGGCCGCCCCGACCGAGGGCGCCGAUUCGAACCACCUGCAUCUUCCCGCCCACCAUCACCAUCCGUCCGCGGCGUCCGUAGCUCAUCCGGCCGGGCCGGGUGCAAGCGGGAUGGGUGGUAGUGGGUCGGGUGGACCGACGGCAGCAGUCGCCGGCAGUGGGAUGGCGAACGGCGGAGGCCCAGCGUCGAAUGGCACCGGGGGCAACAGUAAUAGUAGUAGCGGCAACAGCAAAGCCACCACCGACAGCCCUAUGCGGCGAUUACGAUGCGUUGUGGCACCCACCACCACCACUAUGGUGCACGUUCCUGUCUCGAAACCGCUCGACACCACCAUUCGAUCGCGGCGGCUAAUGAAGGAGCUGAAGGAAAUCGAGCGGUUACAGCACUCCCGGACGGAUCCAUGCUUUACGGUGGAGCUGAUUAACGAUAAUCUGUACGAGUGGCACGCUCGGCUGUUCCGGAUCGAUCCGGAUUCACCGCUGGCCGAAGAUUUGGUCGAGCUGAACAUACCCUUCAUCCUGCUGCACCUAGUGUUCCCGGAGAACUUCCCGUUUGCGCCACCGUUUAUGCGUGUCGUCGAGCCGCGGAUCGAGAAGGGGUUCGUGAUGGAGGGCGGAGCUAUCUGCAUGGAGCUGCUGACGCCCCGCGGCUGGGCCAGUGCCUACACGGUCGAGGCGAUACUGAUGCAGUUCGCCGCGAGCCUGGUGAAGGGGCAGGGCCGUGUGUCGCGCAAGCCAAAGUCGGCGAAGGACUUUAGCCGACGCUCCGCCGAGGAAGCCUUCCGAUCGCUGGUGAAAACGCACGAAAAGUAUGGCUGGGUGACGCCCGCCCUGAACGACGGCUAGAAGGUUAGAUUGUUCAUUUUUGUACACCUUAAGCUUGUAAAAGCAUUGAGAAGCGAUGCGUGGCAUAGGUGUUGUGAGUAUUUCGUUUCAUUUUUCGUCCCACAAAAGCUACACACCUUCUCUAGCUAGUAAAAUAUAUAUCAUAUACGUUUAACUCGAACUUGAACUCAACGCUUCAUUCGGAAUUUUACACCACUCUAUCAAAAUGUCCUAUUUGAGAAGAUCUCAACUUUGCAGCAGUGCAGGCAAAACUUUCCCGUAAAACUCGCCACCCUUUGUCUGCCGGAACCACAACAAAUUUAAAAAAAAAAAUACAGUAAGCAAACGAACCGAUCUGUCCCUGAAUAACCGAAAACCCCGCGUGAUAUUUUUGCGAUUAUAAACUCCUCGUAAGUGGCUCGUAAGUUUGAAGGUAUCGUAUGUAAAAUCGUUAAGUUUCGAGAGCUUUGAUAACACAAGCAGAUGAAGCAAUCCACCCAUACAAACCACCACUAGCAAGGUCCCUCCCUAAGCAAUGUACAAAAGCACCAGGAUGAUGCGAAAAACAGAACACGGCAACAAGAAAAGCAUAAAUAGAGCGAAAAUCAGAUAGGAAGAAAAAAUGAAAUGUAUUUAGCGGCAUCGAUUGAUGCGUACCGAGAUCUAGAUAUAACUAUAAAGCAAACAGAACCGUAGAGCAGGGCAGGCACAAACAUUGGGUGUGAUUAAAUACGCAUACGCAAACUGAUUCAGGUUGGUGAGUCGAGCCGGAAAGGAAAGGAACCAUUGUGAACCAACCCAAACCAAACCAAAACCAACUAACCGUGUGCUCAAAAAGUAUUAUACAUAUGCUGAUGAUUUGGUUUUUUUGUGGGCAGGACGAGCUCCUCGCUUCGCUUGUGAUUGUGGUGCGAGUUAUUAGUAUUGCGUGUUACGGCUGGCCGAAAAAGGGGGAUGGACAGACAAAAGCAAGGAUAAAACAGAGAGACAGAGAGAGAGAGAAAGGCAAUGUGGCUUUGUUUAUGAAAUUGUUCAUCGCCGUGUAUAAGGAUAAAAGAUUUUUGUAAAUAAAAAAAAACAGCCCGCAUA